AUGAAGGAGAUACCGGACUAUAUUAAGAAUGAGUGUGUUUUUGUCUUAAAAGCAAAUGAGUAUGAUAAGAAGUUGGCAAAGAAGCCGAAUGAAGCUCAAGCAAUUAAUUAUUAUGUUGAAAGUGGUGACGAGUCUGACGACGAAUCAGAGUUGAUCGAGAAUCGAGCAAUUCGAACAAGAGCGCGGUUUGACGAGGAAUUCAUCACAAAACAGAACUUCAAAGCGUGGAUUGGCGAAAGAAUGGUGAGAAAAGAGAAAAAUGAGAAAACCGGCAAAAUCGAGACGCAAUUGCGACGUCGGUUCAGCACGAUACCGGCGAAAAAAUGA